AUGGAUCAGCAUCUUGAGGACGAAUAUCAUCCUUUUGUGGAGGCUUUGCUGCCGUAUGUGAAAGAUUUUUCUUAUGUGUGGUUCAAUUUACAAGCUGCAAAACGGCGUUAUUUCAAAAGGCAUGAAAAACGGAUGACUCUUGAAGAAGAAACGGGUGUUAAAGAUGAACUCAUGGUUACGGGACAACAACCAGCUGUGUGCGUUUUGUCUAAUCCUGACCAGAAAGGAAAAAUGCGGCGCAUUGAUUGUUUAAGACAGGCCGAUAAAGUGUGGCGGUUAGACUUGGUCAUGGUCAUUCUUUUCAAGGGAAUCCCACUAGAAAGUACGGACAGCGAGCGAUUGGAAAAGUGUGCCGAAUGUGUGUUCCCUGCAGUCUGUGUGAACCCAUACCACAUUUCCAUAGCAGUUCGCGAAUUGGACCUAUUUCUGGCUAAUUUCAUUCGCACUGGUAACCCAGACGAAAAAGAUGGACAUGACGAGAAAAUGGAAGAUAAGCAGAAAGUAGAUAUUCUGAUGGGCGAUAUGAGCCCUGAAGGGAUUUGGGGCACUGGAGUCUUCUCGGCAUUCGAACUGAAGUCGCUGACAAAACCUUCCAUCGUUACGUGUUCCGCUUUGAAUGGACGAACGAUCGCACCACCCCUGUUGCGAAAGAAUGACCGAACAUCAUGGAUUUCUACACUCUCUUCGAACAAUUCACCGCUGGACGGCAGUCUACCGUCAUCUCCACCUCCCAGUGCAAUGGCAGCUAUUAAAGCACUGGCAGAGUCUGAGUUCCCUCAAAGCAGCAUUGCAGGUCAUCUAACGUCAGCGACAACAUCGGGUGGACCUUUACGACCGUCGACUUCUAUACCCCAGGUUGGAGCUGUUGUAACUGUCGGUGUGAAUUCCGAGUCAAAGCACCCCAAUUUGAGUUUUGCUGGAGGCGAUAAUGAGGAAGAUUCAAACGAAAAACGAAGUCGACAUGCAUCGCGUGAUUCAGCCGCUAGCAGUACCAAUGAAGAAGUGAGACGCAUUGUGGAACGAGCUGGAGACGGGUGGAAUGGUGGAUUAACUGGCGAGGAUCUUAUAGCAACUGAUGCUACUUCGCGCAAUGAAAUCCUUGAAAAAGGACAACGCGUAGUGCUUCAACGAGACGGCCAUCGUUUCGUGAAGGUUGUUCAGUCAUCAGGAACUUCUAAAAAUCCUGUUAGAAGUGAGGCUGCAAAUGUACGGCGAGUUACUGUUGCAAACGCUGGUGGUGAUGAGCAGCAAUUGGGCGUAGUAGUUGUCGAUUCCCGUAAUAAUGCCCGACUUUCAAGUGGAUUUCAACAACCCGAACGACAUGGUUCUCACGUAAACUCCUACUCAUCUCAACCACAAACUUUGGCUGCGGUAUUGUCUGGAGUAUCUCCGUUGGGUCGUGGUGAUAUGAUGUCGUCUGCUGUGUAUCAGAGUAGAGCACCAAUGGUGUCGAGUCGUAAACGAAUCCACUCCGUCAACACUCACGCCGGAAACCCGAAUGCAAUCACUCAAGCCACUCUCAACGGUCUCACUCGACUAGCUAGUGUGGGAGGUGGAGAAAGUGAUACCUCUCCGCCACAUGCCGUUGUGUCGCAGUUGAGGAGGCUUGAAGGCAAUGGGACUGCAUACUUAGCUAGUCCGACGAAGUUCACCACUCCAAAUGGGACGACUAUUAGUUUUAGCAAGGUACUCGAACAAGUGGAAGUGCAGCAUCAAUCGGGCAAAAUUCGAAAUGAUCAGGCCAUUGAUACGAGCAACUCUGGAGAGGUUUUGGCCCCUCAGCCGAUCCGUACCUUCGUCACAAAACCUGAACAAUCAGCAAAACUGGUUGCCCCGAAGGCGAUCAACCCAAUGAAGAAAAUGUACGAGAUGCAGGUACAGCAGGCACUUUCGGCGUGCAGUUCCGUGGUCGCAUCUCCGCUGACAACUCCACGAGUUACACCAAUCCCAACAUCGAUGCUUACUGGCGGAGCACCCGUCAGAGCAGUUAUUCCUGGUGCAGCAGGAGACGACGAAUGCAAUACGCUUUUCAACGCCAUUGCCAGCAAUGGAAACAGUAACGACGUAUCAACUCAUUUUCUGCAAUAUUUGAACGACUCGAAUUCACGCUCUCCAAGUUCAACCGGAAAUUCCUUGCAUGCUCCGUUCAAUGUGAUUGCAAACGUUCCAGCUAGACCCGAUAGUGUUGCUAGCAACAGCUCAAAUUCGCUGACGGGAGUUCUGUCGCUCUCGGCUCCACCAACAAACGCAUUAACUGUGUCACAAACACCCACUGCUACAUCUCCCACGGUGGACUCGACUACGAUUGAAGUGGCGGUACGCGAUUCGCUGCCAGACUCAACCACUGCGGAUUCGCCACGGGUCGCCCGAGGGAGCGGAAUAGAUGGUAUGUGCACAAUCGACAAUUGA